UUCCCGGUUAGCGCUGGUUACAAUCGCGACUGGGUCGUCAGGCUAUAUCUCGCGCCAGUCGAAAAACUCGCGAAUGUCGGAAUAGAUCGAGAAAAUUUCCUGGCAGCUCCCACGCGAAAGCGCAAAUUCAUUUACAAAUACUACUUACUGGAAGAAAAUCAAUUGUGCGAACUUGACUUAUGAAGACAGUCGUUUGGAUUAAAUAGCGAGUAUUUAAUACGUAUUUUUUCGAGAUAUUCAAAACUUUGGAGAUUUUAUGAUCUGAAAGCAAGUUAAAAAACUAUAACUAUUUCUUAGAAUUUUUUAGAAUGAUCUAGUAAAUAUCUCGAUGACUAUGCUUUGCUUGAAUCGCAAACAAUAAAACGUCUUGUUGUUUGCGAUUAGACCUACUUGUAACUGAUACUUCAAGAUUGAAGUCACAAUCUUGUGCGAGUAGAACGCAAUUUUCCGCAGAACAUCGUCGAACAAUACGAAUAGACACUUCACAGCGACAUAAUAAUUAUCGGUAUUAUUCCGUAGGUGACAAUAUUAUCUGAACACAAAAGACUGAAAAUAGAAAAAAGAGGUGUAGUGUAAACCGCCGUAUCUAAAACUCGUGAAUAUAUGAGCAUCGGCAUUUUAUAACGCGCAACAGUCAAUUAACACAAAGUCGCUCGGUGCUUUCGCACUUUUUAAUUAGUCGGAUUCCGAGUCACUUGACGCUUUCGUAUCUUUUAAAUACGACAUGCAAGCAGUCGAUGAAUGUUCAUGAGAUUUAAGGUACCUCGUGAUACGAUAUCGCGAGCUCAUUAUCAAGUAUAUAAGCACCAUCGAGUUAUUAUACAGACAUAUACAGAAUCAAGCCGCAAAAGAGAAAAACGCGAAGAAAAGUGAUUCAAGCAAUCAAGACAUUUAUCGUUACAAUAAGAUAAUAAGAACUGAUAGCUGUUUCCUCAAUUGCAAAUCAUUUUUUUACGUAAUACAGAUUAGACAGAAAGAUAUAUGAUACAUAAAUUAUUUUAUAAAAUUAUUUAACUGACGCGGUUAACAAGAAAAGCGUUAAAAAAAACAAAAAAUCAUGACGAACACAGUGGAUAAUAAUACAAAUGGGCAAACAGACGUCACUAUCAUUGACGGACAAACAGACAUUAAUAAUACGAAUAGAUACGUUGACAUUAAUAAUAUAAAUGGAUGUAUUGAUGUUAACAAUGGGCGUAUAUCAUAUGUGGAAGCCAAGGCGGAACCCAAUAUCGACGAAGAAAAAAAAUGGAAACGUACUGGAACAAUUUAUCAAGUGUUGAUGGGCUUCUGUGCCAAUAUGGUGGUACUUGGUCCAGCGAUGGGUUUCGGUUACAGCGCCGUUGCAGAACCCGCGAUGAAAGCACCGAAAACCGAUGACAUACAACUCGACGCUGAUCAGGCAAACUGGAUGGCUCCUAUAUCGGCGCUGGGAACGCCCAUCGGUUGCUUGUUGUCGAGCAUCGUGAUGAGUCGAGGAAGAAAGACCACUAUGUUCGUGACAUCGUUAAUAUCGCUGGCGGGUUGGGUGACCAUUUACAUGUCGAACAGUUACGUGCAGAUUUUGAUUGGAAGAGGAAUUUCCGGAAUAUCAACGGGUAUGGCGUCGGUUCCGACAACGGUAUACAAUGCGGAAAUAGCUGGAGUGAAAUGGAGAGGCACAAUGGUCACUUGGACCAGUAUUUCCAUCGCCCUCGGUGUUCUCAUCGUUUACAUCUUUGGGUAUAUUUUCAAGGAUGACUGGCGAAUGGUGGCUUUGAUGUGCGCUCUGUUCCCGCUGUUGGGGAUUGCUCUGAUUUUACUUGUGAUACCGGAGAGUCCUUUGUGGCUGCGAGAUCAGAAUCGUCCCGUAGAAGCGCUGGAGAUCAUGAAGAAAUUCCGCGGAAUACCGAAGGAUCAGCCAGCUCCGCCGGAAGUCCUGUUCGAGCUGAAACCGCGGCCGCAGAAGAAGAAUCAGAACCUGCUGAAGCACCUGGCGAAAAGGAGCUCCCUGGUGCCGUUUGCCAUAAUGCUCACCUACUUCUUAUUCCAGCAGUUCUCCGGCAUCUUCGUGGUUAUAUACAACGCCGUUGACAUCAUGGCAAAGUCGGGAGUCCAGGUAGAUCCUUAUCUCGGCGCCGUCUUAAUAGGCGUGGCGCGUCUGAUCGCUAGUCUUCUGACGGCCGGCGUGUCGCGAAAAUUCGGUCGACGGAUCCCGUCAAUGAUCUCUGGCAUCGGGAUGACGAUCUUCAUGGGCGCACUGUCGCUCUACAUCUACAUGUCGGAGAACGGAACCGUCAUGACCGACGACGGCGUCGUCCCGGUGGUGUGUAUGAUAAUGUACAUCUUCACGAGCACCUUGGGCUACCUCGUCAUUCCGUUCGCUAUGGUGGGCGAGAUAUUCCCGUCGAAGGUGAAAGAUAUACUGUCCGGUCUGACGGUGUGCAUCGGUUACUUCUUCAGCGCGGUGACCAUCAAGACGUAUCCGGACAUGCUAAAGUCAAUGGGCAUGCACGGAGUGUUCCUCUUCUUCGCGGCCAUAUCCUUGGUCGGCGUGGUAUUCGUCCUGUUCUUCUUGCCCGAGACGAAAGGGAAGACCCUGCGUGAGAUUGAAGAUAUGUUUUCGAAGAAGAAGAGGACCCUCGAGUUGCAGCCGAUGACGGAAGUAAUCGGAGAAAGAAUCGCUCCAACCUCCAUCGGUCUUCUGACAAAUUGAGAAUAUUGCUUGUGUGAAUAAAUGAACGCUGAGUUUAAUAUAUGAAAUAUUCGGAAGAAGACAAGAUCGGGGCGCGCACAAUGUUGUGUUGCUGAUAGAAAAAAUAAGACGGAUGUCGUACUGUUUUUUUAACGCUUCGAGAUUUGAAGCAUUUAAUUGACGUAAUCAUACUUCAAUAUUUAUUCUGAAAACAAAUUCUUAUAUUAAAAUUUCUUAUUAUAUUAUAUGUAUGAAAGUUUAAAAGUGACGAAAGCAUAAAGAGAGAGAAAAAUGUGUUCACUUGGCACUUACGAGGAAAUAUAAAACGUAUUACGAAAGAGCUGCUGACACCUUCAGAGUUUCAGCAGUUGGAACGAUGACGUAAAUAGCCAUAUAAUACUUAGCUUUAUAUGCAAAAUGCAAAUACUGCGUUAAAACAAGAUUAUUUGUACUAAUUUGAGACACAUGAAAGAGAGAUGUGCAAUCUCGAAGAUGAUAUUUUGAUAUGGUUUCGACGAUACAUAUCGAAUUAUUUUAAAGUUAACAUGCAUUUAUCAUUGAAUUAAUAAUGCAGCAUAAGAUUUUUAAAAUAAGGCCCAGUCCUUUUCUGCUAUCGUCAAGUUGUAAAUAUUCUGUAAUCAUAAGACAAAUUGAAACAUCACCGCGAACGAUAUCGCUGAAGAUCUCAAAAAUGAUAUUGCGUGCAGCGUCGAUAAUAAACACAAUUAAUCAAAUGUGAAAUUUACCAUUAAUAAACUAGGAUACUACUCGACAAUCGAAAACAUUGCGAAUAGAAGGUUGAACAGAGGCACUAGAGCGCUUAUCUAAACAAUGAAUGCCUACAAACCGCGCAAAUGCCUAGUUCAUUUCUAGAAACUGUUUUUUUGCAGAUAGGUAGACAGUAAAUACGAUUAAUUCGCGAUAAGACCGACAGGUUGACAUAGUGAUAACAAUCGAGGGUCGACCGAUAAUGACAUAAAGAAAAAAAAUUCAUUCGCGCGUCAAAUGCACGCCUUUUAUUUAAGUCGAUGAGCGAUUUAACGAGUUCUCAUACUGUGAUAAUAAUCAAAAAUUUUGUCGCGAUUAAAUAUCGCUUUUUAACGAUUGCUCGCAAAAAGUUACUUCUUUUUGCGCGAAAUGUUCUUCGCGGGAAUUAAUACGGUUUUUGAGCAAUCGAUUGUAAAACUUGAAAUCUGCCAUCACAAAACAUUUACGUGACUGAUCGAUAAAUUGGUAUACACUUAAUUUUGCGAUUUAUAUAUUUAAGCUGUAAUAAAAAUAUGUAUUAUAUGGUGAUGUGUGUAAAUACGUAUAUACUUA